AUGCCACCAAAGAAAGCUACAGCCAACGGCGAAGCCACUGAUGGAGCCUUCAAGUGGGAAGGUCCAAAUGAUCUCAAGCUACUCCUCCUAACCCAAGGCCGCUACGUCAAGCCCGAAGAGUAUGAGCAGCUCUCCACUGCCUUCCCAGGCGCCAAAGUCGGCAGCAUCCGCAACCACAUCUCAGUGCUCCGCAUCAAACAACGCGACCUGUACGAGCAACUCGGCUGGACCCUCCCCGAAGGCGGUGCCGGCCACAGCAGUCAGAAGAAAACGCCCAAGUCGGCCAAGAAACGCAAUGGAGACGAGGACGCCGACGAUGGCGACGCUGUGCUAGAGACGCCGAGUAAGAAGCCGCGCGCGAGAAAGGGGAACAAGGAUACUGCUAGUGCCAAGAAGGAAGAAGGAGUAGAAGAGGUCAAUCACGAGGUGGCUGAUACUCCCUUGGGCGUCAAGCAGGAAGAAGGGGUUGAAGACGAGAUCUGA